AUGUCAGAAGGCUAUGCGGCUAUGCCUCCACGACAACAGGCGCGUUCUGCGAGCCAGAGCUUGCCGAUCUGGCAGCUGGAGCUGCAGAGGUUUUUCGACACUUGGGCACAAGGCGAGAAGCCAAGCAUCAAGUUUUGCACGGCGGUGGCAGCGGCCAUGGGACGAGGCAAAGCUGCCGAGGCCGCCUGGGAUUUUGUGCGGGCCCUGCAGAGACGGAGCCUGGACUUGGACACCUUCUUCUGCAACAGCAUCUUGCAAGCCUGCUCCUCGACCAGCCGCUGGGAGCUGCCCACUUUGCUCUUGGCGGAGAUGCUGGAGACAGGUCCUUGGCCGGACCCCGCCAGCUGGGGCAUCACCAUGAGUGCUUGCUCCAGGAGCGCAAGCUGGCAACAAGCGCUCGCGCUGAUGAAUGAGAUGGGCCGGACACGUAGCCAACCCAACGUUUUUGUGUAUGGAGCUGCGCUCGCUUCUUGUGCAAAUGGGCAGUGGGAGAGAGCGUUGGAGCUCCUGUCGGACAUGCGAGGUGCAAAGGUCUUGCCGAAUGUCGUCAGCUGCAGCUCCGCGAUCAGCGCAUGCGAAGGAGGCGCACAGUGGAUGUUUGCUCUGGACAUCUUGCGAAGCAUGCGCCGUGAUGCAUUGCUCCCUGACCUGAUCGCCUUCAGUGCGAGCAUGAACGUUUGUGCCCGCGCUGGACACUGGCAAGAAGCCAUUCAGCUUCUGGCGGAGAUGAAAGCCGUACAAAUGCAGCCCAACACCGUCAGUUACAACUCAGCAAUGGAUGCAUGCACGCAGACAUCAGAAGGAUGGGCAAAGGUGCUGCAGCUCUUGGGUGACAUGCAUCAAGAGCAAGUGCAUCUGCAGACGGAAACUUGCUGCAGUGCCAUUCGAGCAUGUGGACUGGCAGGAUGUUGGGCGACAGCAUUGCUGUUAUGGGAGCAGCUGUGGCAGAGCCCCCUCGAGGUUGACGCCAUCGCAUUGGGAGCGAUUCUCUCCGCUUGCCGCUGGGACGUGGCCUUGUCGCUGCUUCGCGAAGCGGUGGCCGAUCAGCUUCGGCCAGACGCCAUCCAUUUCGCCCAGUCCAUUGUUGCAUGCGAGCAAGCUGGCCGCUUUCAAAUUGAGACUUCCUUGCUCGAUCAGCUGGCAGAUGAGCUCACCGAAACCCGUCUCGUGUACCGCCCUGUGGUGGAUCCCGCGACCGCCCCGCACCCCGAAGUCUUCCGUCGAACACCGUCGCGUGCUCGGGUCUUUUCCGUGGAGUGGUCGGCCACGUCUUCUUCCGCCUUUGCUUGCCGCGCGCCCGCGUAUCGCGACCCGCCCCUUUGA